AUGGCCCCUCGCCCUCGCGGGAUCCCUUCCUUCUUCAAGAUCAUGCUCGACUGUUCCGCUACUCACCUGCCAUUGCCAACUGGUUUCGUCCGCAAGCACUUGGAGAACGACAUCCCUGAAAACGCAACACUCCGAUCUGUAAAUGGAGGCUAUUCAUGGAGAUUGAAGAUAAAAAAAGAUGGUGAUAUUUACUGCUUUGCUGAUGGAUGGAAACAGCGGUUUCCGUUGGAAUUUGCACGAUUGAUCAGAUUGACUGCAGGAAGAACAAUGAGCAUGAAGAAUCUGCAAGGAAAAGAGUGGCCAGUACGGUUACUUUCAGAGGGGGGACAUUAUACAAGGUACUAUUUGUCGAAGGGGUGGAGUGAAUUUCUGCGAGAUAAUGACAUAUGUGAAGGAGAUACAUGUGUAUUCAAGUAUCUCAGAAGCGAAGAUAAGUUCUGUCUAGCAGAAAUCAUCAAGAAAAGAGCUCAAGCCGACGGAGCUAUGGCUGUUGAAAGUCUGAAGAGACCAAGAGGGCGGCCGGUACGUGUGGUGGUGGAGCAGCCAACCGGAAAAGUUUUAAAGAGACCGAGAGGUCGGCCGCCGUGUGUGGAGGUGGCGGUGGAGAAAAGGGCGAGGCCCACAGAACCAGAUGAAGGCUUGAAGAGGAAGAGAGGGCAGCCGAGGCGUGUGGAGAGUAAAGACGGCGGUGUGGAGGUGGUGAAGAGACCACGUGGAAGACCAUUUAAGAAGAAGAUAGAGGCUCAAGUUGAUAUAAAAUCCUAA